UGAAGUGUGUCACAUGAAUCAGUCGUGUUUCCAGCUGCAGAAAAAUGGAGAACUCUGAAACAGGACCAGGGUCUGGAAGUAGACCCAGAGCUGAACCAGGACUAAACCAGGACUGUAUCAGGUCUAAAGCAGGUCCUGACCCCAGUGGAGUCUCCCUGUGCAGUAACUUCUCCAAAGACUUGGUCGUCGACUUUAAAAAAGUCCAGAGUGGAGCGUCUGCACAGCUCAGAGACAACAGCGCCCCCUAUGGACCCACCGCAGAGUCUCUGACAAGUGACAACUCCAAAGAACAGAACCCAGAGUUUAAAGAUUCACAUCAGAGAGACGAUGAUCCGAGCGUUCCUGUUGGUCAGAAGCCUCAGGCUGAGCUGGACUCCAUCUUCCAGGUUCUGGAGAAGCAGGUCCUGAGGUUUGUCCAACAGCAGCUGCAGAGGCUCCACAGGCUCCUGGCCUCAGAUUACCCAGAAUGCUCCGAGAGUGAGGAGGAGGAGAGCAGAGAGGUUCUGAACAUCACCCUGGACUUCCUGAAGAGGAUGGACCAGGAACAUCUGGCCCAGCGCCUGCUCAACAGGAGUAAAGUUGAAUUCAGAGAUAAACUGAAGUGUGAUCUGCAGCAGAGGUUCAGCCGUGUGUUUGAGGGCGUGGCUAAAGCAGGAGACUCCGCCCCCCUGACCCAGAUCUACACAGAGCUCUACAUCACAGAGGGCGGAGCCUCAGAGGUCAACCAGGAACAUGAGGUCAGACACGUGGAGACGGCGUCCAGGAGACCGACCGCUCCAGAGACCAUCACAUGUGAAGAGCUCUUUAAACCCCGCCCACAUUCACCACAGCCAAUCAGGUUUGUGCUGACGAAGGGUGUGGCCGGCGUGGGGAAAACAGUGCUGACUCAGAAGUUGAGUCUGGACUGGGCUGAAGGCCGGACCCACCAGGACCUCCAGCUGCUGUUCCCGUUCACUUUCAGAGAGCUCAAUGUGCUCAGAGACUCACAGUUCAGCCUGGUGGAGCUUCUGCAACACUUCUUCAGUCCAUCCAAACAUCUCUGCAGCUUUGAAGACCUCCAGGUGCUCUUCAUCUUUGACGGUCUGGACGAGUGCAGACUUCCUCUGGACUUCAGCCGAACCCGAGUCCUGAGCGACCACACAGAGUCCACCUCAGUGCACGUGCUGCUGGUGAACCUCAUCAGGGGGAGCCUGCUUCCCUCCGCUCGCCUCUGGAUAACCACGCGCCCCGCCGCAGCCAAUCAGAUCCCUGCUGAGUGCGUCUCCAUGGUGACAGAGGUGCGAGGGUUCACUGACCCGCAGAAGGAGCAGUAUUUCAGGAAGAGGUUCAGAGACCAAGCCACAUCCAUCAUCUCCCACAUCAAGAGCGUCCGCAGCCUCCACAUCAUGAGCCACCUGCCGAUCUUCUGCUGGAUCCUCUCCACAGUUCUACAGAAGCUUCUGGAACAAACAAAACCAGAGCUGCCCCAAACUCUCACACAGAUGUACGUCCACUUCCUGGUGGUGCAGGCCAAAGUCAAAAACAUCAAGUAUCACCAAAGAUCAGGGGAGGACCUUCACUGGACUCCAGAGACCAGGGAGAUGGUGAAGUCUCUGGGGAAACUGGCCUUUGAGCAGCUGCAGAAAGGAAACCUGAUCUUCUACGAGAGUGACCUGAGCGAGUGUGGGCUGGACGCUGCAGCGGCCUCAGUGUACUCCGGAGUGUUCACACAGAUCUUUAGAGAGGAGCCAGGCCUGUACCAGGACAAGGUCUACUGCUUCAUCCAUCUGAGUGUGCAGGAGUUUCUGGCGGCUCUUCACGUCCAUCAGACCUUCUUCAGCUCUGGAGUGGACCUUCUGUCCUCACCUCACUCCUCUGAGAGUCCAGACCCUGAGGCAGACUUCUACCGCUCUGCUGUGGACCAGACCUUACAGAGUCCAAACGGACACCUGGACCUGUUCCUGCGCUUCCUCCUGGGGCUGUCUCUGCCAACCAAUCAGAGGCUGCUGCAGGGUCUGCUGACUCACACAGGAAGUGACCGGACCAAUCAGGAGACAGUAAAUUUCAUCAAACAGAAGCUGGAUGAAGAGGGUCUGUCUGCAGAGAGGAGCAUGAACCUGCUCCACUGUCUGAACGAGCUCAACGACCACAGUCUGGUGCAGGAGAUCCAGAAGAACAUGAGAAGUUUCCUCUCUGAUGGAACCAUGUCUCCUGCUCAGUUGUCUGCUCUGUCCUUCGUCUUACUGUCCUCAGACUCAGACCUGGAGGAGUUUGACCUGAGGAAAUACCAUGGCUCAGAGAGAGCUCUCCUGGGUCUGCUGCCGGUGGUCAGAGCCUCCACCAAAGCCCUUCUUUGUGGCUGUGGUCUGUCCCCUCACAGCUGUGCUCCUCUGGCCUCAGUCCUCAGCUCCUCCAGUCUCACACAUCUGGAUCUCAGUAACAACGACCUCCAGGACUCAGGAGUGGAGCUGCUGUGUUCUGCGCUGAAGAGCGCCCCCUGCAGACUGGAGACGCUCAGUCUGUCUGGAUGUCUGGUGUCAGAGAGCGGCGGCGCUGCUCUGGCCUCAGCUCUGAGCUCCGCCCCGUCCCACCUCAGAGAGUUCGACCUGAGCUACAACCAUCCAGGACCCUCAGCAAAGCUCCUGAGCGCUCUACAGGACCAGCGCCCCCUGCUGUCUGUCAGGUUGGAUCCUGCUGGAGAGCGCUGGAUGGUUCCAGGUCUGAGGAAGUAUUCCUGUGACGUUUCUCUGGACAGAAACUCGGCUCACAAACUUCUGCAUGUGUCUGACGACUAUCAGACUGUGACUCGAAUGUUGAGGUGGCAUGAGUAUCCAGAUCAUGACGACAGGUUCACAGACUGGGUACAGGUCCUGAGCUGCACUGACCUGAGGGGGCGCUGUUACUGGGAGGUGUACUGGAGGGGGGGGUUGUUAUAGCAGUGAGUUACGGAGAGAUCAGACGGAGCGGAAGAGGACGGGAGUGUCAGUUUGGAUUCAAUGAUCACUCCUGGACUCUGUGGAUCGAUUAUCAAGGAGAGUAUAAUGUUAUUCACAACAGCAUCACAAAACAACUCCACCGCUUCUGUCACUCAGACAGAGGGGGCGUGUCCUCUGGUGAAGGGGGCGUGUCCUCUGGUGAAGGGGGCGUGCUCUCUGGCAGAGUGGGCGUGUUCCUGGACUCUGAGGCUGGAGCUCUGUCCUUCUAUCACGUCUCCUCUGAUGGAGAACUGUUCCACCUCUGGACCUUCUCCUCGUCCUUCUCUGAGCCUCUGUUUCCAGGGAUUGGACUGUGGAAAGAAGGUUCCUCUGCGACUCUGGUGAAGGAGACGAGACAAAACAGAAGAGAAACUGGACUUGUCCCACGAU